AUGGACCGACGAGAGACGACCGUGCAAGCAAAAGAAGAAGGUGCCGACGACCCAGCGCAGCGCCUCAACAAGCGCAGGCGGCUCGGAGAACCGGACGCCGCCAACGGCACGAACGAUCAUGCUCAGACGAUCGCGGCCUUGGAGGCGCAGCUGGCCGAGGCCAAGACGGCCGCCGACAGCACCGAAGCCCGCAUUGUCGUGCUUACGAACAAGUGCGAGUUCCUCUCGUCGAAGAACGCCGAGCUCCGCGCCCGCCUCGGCAACGCGUCUGAAGGUACUGAGACCGCCGAGCCGAGCGCGACCGGCGCUAGGGGCGACAGUGGUGCAAGCCGCGUCGCCGCGCUCGAAACCAAGGUGACGGCGCUCGAGGCGCAGCUGCAGGCGGCCAUCACGACGAGCAACGACUAUGAAAAGCGGCACGCGUCGGUCAGCGAGACGUACCGCCGUCUCUUGUCGUCCGUCGCACAGCAGCAGAUCGCCCUCGCCGCCUCUGCGAGCGAGCUCCAGGAAGCGCGCGCCGCGGCGAAGGCCUGCGACGAAGAAGCCCAGACGCUGGCGCGUGCCAACUGCGACCUCCAGUCGACGAUUGCGCGUUUGGAGGCUGCCAAUCCGACGGGGCUGGACAAGACGGCCGACGACUUGCGCGAAUCGAUUCGCAUGCUUACUACCAGCGAAACCAACCUCACGGCCAGCGUCCAGCAGCUCGAAGCCGAUCUGGCCACCGCCAAGGCGCAGCUCACCACCGUCACUGCCUCGAGUAUGCUCUGGCAAAAGCGCGCCGAGACGCAGUCGAAGCGUGUCCAAGAGCUAUCCGGCGACAAGCAAUGCCUCGCGUCGGCGAUGGAGCAGUUGAAGGCCGAGCUGGCGACGGCCAAGGGCGAGCUCCUCGGGACACUCGCUUCAGCCGCCUCGUUUGCGCAGUGGCAGCAAAAGGCCGAGAGAGCGAUGGCCCAGGUCGACGACCUCAUGGCCGAGAAGACCCGCUUGGCACAAACCGUCAAGCAACUCGUGGCGGCAGGCAAGAGCAGCAAGCAAGGCGACUCGACCACGACCGACAAGAGCCGACUCGCCGUCGACCUCGCCGACACCAAGGCCCAACUCAACUUUGCGAUGGCAGCCGCGAAGAAUGCGUCACAGUACCAGCAGCAAGCCAAGGACGCCGCCCAGCGCGUGGAAGAUUUGACGGCCGAGAAAGGCCGGCUCGCGGCCGCGGUCAAGCAGCUCGUGACCAGUAGCAACGACGUCAAGAAGCAGCUCAGUGCGUCCGAGGCGGCGAGUGCGAAAUGGCGACAACAAGCCAUCACGAGCAGCGCCAAAGUGGACGAGCUGAGCGCUGAGAGGGACCAACUCGCGGCGGCAAAUGACAAUCUCACUGCCGACAAGCACCGUCUUACCAUCGAGAACGAGCAGUUCAUGGCCGACAAGGAGCACACAACUGCACGAGGCGAUGGCUGCAAGCGCCGAAUGGCAGCAAAAGCCGAAGCCAAGAGCAACACGGUCGACGUACUUUCGGCCGACAAGGUGCGCCUCGCGUCGGUCAUCAAGUGGCUCGAAGCCGAUCUCGCGGCGGCAAAGUCGGCACCGAUCUACGCCAACGGACAAGAAGCGUCGGAGCACACACUGACGAGCACGAUUGCCCAGCUGGAAGGCGACCUCGAUGCGGCCCAUAGCGGCGAUGCGCUCCUGCGUCGGCAGCUCGUGGCGAGUGAGAAGCGCGCCGAGGAGCUUCUGGCCGACAAGAACCGGGUGGUUGAGACCAUGAAGCAGCUCCAAGCCGACUUGGCAUCGACCACGACGCAGCUCGAGCAGGCCUCGGCGGCGGUCGAAGCGAGCAAGAAGCAAGUGCGAGACCUCGGCGCAAGCAAGGGCCGGCUUACGACAACGAUCCAGCAGCUCAGCGCCGACCUGGCCAAGGCCCGAGCCGAGAUGCACGAGAAGGCCGACGCCCACGACAAACUCCAAGCCCAAGUCGACGCGCUGAUGGACGAGACGCGUCGUCAAGCCGCCGUCAUUGGGCAGCUCGAAGCCGACGUGGCCACAGCCCGACGCGCCCCUGCGCCGCCCCAGGACGUAACAGCGCUGCAAAAGCAAAUCGACCGGUUCAAGGCCAACAAGGCCCGAUUGCUCGAAACCAUCACGCAGCUGCAAGCCGACCUGACGCAGUGCAAGGGUCAGCUCGAGACGGCGCAGUCGGCUGCCGGCGCCAGCCUCAACGAAGCGCACGCACUCACAGUCGAGGCCGACCGUCUCCGCACCGAGCUCGCGGCGUUGCGGGACCAGACGCAGUCGGUGGCCGAAGUGGACGCGGCCGCGGCGGCUGCCAGCAAGAAGGAGCUUGCGGCACUCACGGCCGAGAUCAAGCAGCUGCGCGCCGACCUCGCAGCGUCCAAGCUGCGCGAGUAUGCGGCCGCCAAGGCCAACAUCCUGCACAUCGACGAGAGCGAUGAAAAAUUGCAAGCUGCCACGCGCAGUCUCCGAACCAAAAUCGAAGAGUUAUCGGCCGAGCUCGCGUCCGCCCACGAGCAGCUUUCAAAGCCAGCAAGCAGCCAGCAUCUCGAUGCUACCUGCGCCGACCUCAAGGCGCAACGCGACCAAGCACAAGACGCCGUGGCGUCGCUGACAGCGCAGCUCGCGACCACCGAGCGCGCGACCACCGAGACGGUCCGGGACUUUUUCCGGCGCGUCGACAGCAUGUUCAAGUUUGCUGGCCACGGCGCGAUCGAAUCGCUGCUCGAUGCGAUCUACCAUGCCGACACGACGGGUGCUUUUGAAGCAUCCGACGGCAUCUAUAUCUUUGCGCAGCGGUUGCCGCAAAGCAGCGGCGAGUCGGCGGCCGCCGCCUACGAUGCGGUGCUGCUCGAGGUGGCGGCGACCGCGCCGUGGCUGGCACCGCUGCCAAGUCGCACGCCGUAUCUAGUACCGCCACCCGCGCACGCCAACGAUGUCGUGAGCGACCGGGUGCGUCGCCACAUUGCGCUCGUGCAGCGGUUCUGGACCGAGAAGAGCCGGGAUCUCUGGAUGAGCUCGUUUGUGCAGAGCCUCCCGGUCGCGCUCACCCUCGCCCUCGAGGACGCGGUGGCCGAAAUCGUCGUCGACCUCGUCGAUCUCGUGACACACAACAUGGUCGACCGCCGCAUCGGCCAUUUCCUGCACUACCCGCACCCGAGCUGGCCGCUCGUGCCCCGGGGUAUCGACGCGCUCCCCAUCGCGGACGCGCCGGCCUUUCUGCGCGCCGAGGCCGCCAAGUUGUGGCCGUCGUGCCCCGGCGGCCGGGUCAUGACGCCGUUUGCCAUGACGCAGAAUUACUUGGCGCGCCACCCGAGCUCGGAUCCGAUAUUGUCUGUCGGCAGUGCGAGCGCGGUGCGGGCGGACGUGGCGGCGUUUUGCGCGACGCCGACGAAUGUGCCGCUGGUUGCGAUGCCGAUGGCGGUCAUGGCGCCGUGCGCGACGCUGCCGUCGCCGGGAAUGGAACUCUCGGCCAGCGCGCGUCUCCUGCCCACGACGCAUCAGUGGAGUUCGGCUCUGGAACGCCCCAUGCGGCUCUACGAGACAUGA